AUGUUCAUCGCUACACCACAUUCCGAAGCAACAUCAGCGCAAGCUCCUGAACAAUUGUCCAUUAUGCGUAAACAGAAUAUAAUACUGGAAAUGAUACACAUGCUCGAAAUUACCAAAGACAUGGCUAGUGCUUCUAGAAAAAAGUAUGAAGUUCGAAGGCAGAGAGACAUCAAGCAAGAAGGGUUUCUAGCGACUUCGCCGACUGUGAACUAUUUGGUCAUCUACUCCUUCGAAUCCGACAUCAAUUUUUAUUUUUAUUCUAUCUACAAGUUUCCAGUAUUAUUCGCAUUGCAGACUGAUCCUCUACCAAUUGCAACAGUAUCAAUCAAGAAACACUUUCAGACAUUUUUCUCAAUGGUUCAAGUUUUCACCGUUGGUAUUUUACUUUUUCUAUUUUCUUUGACAAUGGGAGAAAUUGACUCAAAUGCAACAGAAGAAGUGGAAGGGAACCUAAAUGAAGUGGAUGUAUCGCACCCUCGCGCCAUAGUUAAACGUCAAACGUUUUGCGGAACAAAUCGAAACUGUCCUCAUUGGGUCAAUAAUGGAUUCUGCAGAAGCAGCUUUUACGACACAACGACGAAGAUGCGGUAUUGUGGAAAGGAAUGUCGCCUCUGUUGA